AUGGCACAUGCUCCGGAGCACGAACCCCACAAACGGAAACGAGACCUUGGGGAUGACGGCAGUUAUCCCGCCCAUCACCGCCAGGCCGGCUUUCACGAACCCGGCCGCAUGCAGGCAUCGCCCUCUCUGGCUUCAAUGGCCCCCGAGUCCAUCGUCAACUUUGUGACAAGGCCCGACGCCCCGCUGCUGUCCUUUUUGCCAGGCGAUGUCGAUACCUUUAACGAUAUCAUCUACCUCAUGGGCGAGUAUGAAGGUGUUUUGGACCGGAAGGAAAGCAUGGCAGCGAAUCUCGGGGCCAAACUGACGGGUCCCCGGUUCCUCCGCGGCCUCGAAAGGUUCUUUGAAGGCCCAAUCAAGAUCAUCUCGGCGAAUAUUUAUCAUCAAAUCACCUGGCUGGAGAUUGUCACAUUUGCCAAGACGAAUCCAGAAGCCUUCACCGUGAUUCCACAACCCAAUGGUUCACGAUGUUGUCGCUUCGUGUAUAACGGAGUGCAGGCUGAGAUUAUAGAGGAUGAUUGGCGCCUGAUAUCUUCUGGAGCACUGGAUAGGUUCCCGUUGGAACACACCUUUGAGGAAGACGAGGCGGCCGAGCUGGCGACGCUCGAGAUUCUCGAGCGAAGAGCCUCGUACCUGCACAGAAAGGCGGACGAGCUCGCGGCCAGGGCUCGCGUUCUCCACCAGAGGCUUGAGCUCCGUACCCGUGAUGUUGCCCGACGGCAGCAGUUCCUUGAAGUCGGGCCCAGUUCCAGCUCAGCCUCCGGCUCCGGUUCCAGCUCCGGUUCCAGCUCCAGCUUUCAGGCCAUCAAUCAGCCACCGCGCCCCGUCAUUACCAAUCCCAACGGCCAGCCGUACGAUAUCCAUUCAGACCUUCUCCACCAGUUCACCAUAGCCGCGAUGCAAAACAGCCCGCCUCAGGGCCCGCCUCCGGGUUACCAGGCACAGCCCGGAUCGCCCAACGGCGCCCCCGUUGCCGGCCAUCAAGGCCAUCAAGGCCAUCAAGGCCCGCUGGCCCCGCCGGCUUUGGAAGCACCGCCGUACCACCCACCCCCGGCAAAUGUCUAUCCGACGAUGGAGACGGCAGCCCCCGCUCCGGUCCCGGCUCCGGCCCCUGUUGCGGCGCCAGCCCAGGCUUCGGCCUCCAACUCGAGGUCGAUUGCGACCAUAGCACUCAGCCAAGUGGUGCUCCCCGGCGACCCCGCCUCGGAAGUGCACCGGCCCCUUGUGCUGCAAAAGACGGACACACUCAACAAGGGAGACAUCAUCUUUCCCCCUUGCGACCGAUGCCGGCGCCUCCGUCUGCAAUGUGUCAAGCACUUGACGGCCUGCCGGGGCUGCACCAAGAAGCACGCGAGGUGCAACUGGAGGAACGUCACGGACGACGAGGCCGCAGCUGUGAAGGAGGAGCUGACGGUGAUAUACAACGAAGCACAGAAGGCAGCCACUACGACCGCUGCGGCCGCAUCAGCAAAGCGAUCUGGAAAGGCACCAGCGUCGGCGCCGCCGCAGCCCGAGGCAGGGAGCAGCUCUCGGCCGGCCAGCGGCUCUGGGGCGGGUAAUAUGGACCAGGUCCACCACUGGCCCGUACCGGGCCCAUCAGCAGGGCCGGCACCGAUGAUGGCACCGCCGCUGGCACCGGCUCCUGUUGCCGAGCUGCCGCGGAGGCUGCUGCCCACCACUCGGCUGACCAGGAUCGAGCCAGCCCCUACCGUGCCCAGGAACCCUCCCCGGACGGGGCAGCUGGCGGCGAUUUUGUCUCCUCCCGAUUAUGAGCCUCGGCCGUUUGGAUCGCUACCGCCGCUAGCGCCACGAUGA